UCCAAAACAGCCUUGAAGAUCUCAUAAUCUAUACGUCAUAGCUGCCUGUCUUUAUUCAGCAAGGGAAUUAAUCCGCCUGAUAAUCUGUCAUACCGUGGAAGCCCUGGAAUUCGAUUCCAUCUACGCUGUCUGAAGGGGCUCAUGAUGUCAUUUGACCAUCAUGGCUGGCAGAAUUGCCGUUGAUAUGAGGCCGAGCUGAGGGAUGAGAGGGGGGCUUCUUGCUUGGAACAUGCCUCUUUCAGUCACAUAGUAUAUAAGAUGGCCCUGGAGUUCCGGGGAUACUGAACCACCAAAUGUUCCGUAACGUUCUCAUGUCAACCUCUGAUGCCGUCCUCUUGUUUGACGCAGGAUAUGGCCAGGCUCAAGGAGGUAGAAAGUUCCAGGAAGAUCGCUGUGCGGUAGUGUUACCAGACCAGUUCCCCGCCAACACCGAUGACAAGCUCGCCUUCUUUGCGGUCUAUGACGGACAUGGUACGGACUUGGUGUCCAACCACGCACAACAGGACCUGCAUUUCCUCGUCGCCAAACGCCCCGAGUUCCAGACCGGCGACUAUGAAGGUGCUAUCAAAGGGGCACUGGCCGACGAGGAUGGGAUCUUGCUAAGUUACUUCAAAAAUAAGAACCCGGAGCCGGCCGUGUCAGGCUCUACGGUAGCCAUCUGUCUGGUCAACCUGACCAAGGGAGACUUGGUCGUGGGCAACUUGGGCGAUUCGCAUAUCAUUUUGGCCGAGCGCGAUCCGAAGACAGAACAACCGUACCGUAUUCGACGCUUGACAAAAUCUCACAAGCCAGAUGUUCCGUCCGAACAGGCCCGGAUCGAAGACGCCGGCGGCAAUGUCAGUUCACGGAGUGGAACUGCCCGUGUAGGCACCCUCAACAUGUCUCGAGCAAUCGGAGAUCUACGGUACAAGAAUCCCGUCAACCACGAAGACUCGUCGCAGGGACUCCGUCACGCCACGUCUGUUUCCCCCGAAUCUCGCGGCGACUUCUUGUCGAAUGAGCCGUAUCUCACGAGACUGGUUCUUUUGCCGGACCACCGAUACGUGAUCGUCGCCGUUUCCGACGGGGUCAGCGACAGGGUCGAUGACGUCUCGCUGGUCCAACAUGUCAUGAAACUGUCGAUGCGUGGGUUAAGAGCCGGAGAUAUUGCCCAGGAGAUUGCUACUACGACUUGUAAUAGUGCUAAUAGUGAUAAUGGGUCUUGUAUUGUUGCAUUGUUUGAUGGUCAGGAGUCAUGAUUUUUUAUUUUUUUUUUUUCAAAAAAAAUGCCAAAAAUACAAUGGAU